AUCAACUGCAAGAUGACUUUCCCAUACCAGUGUCUUGCUGCUCGCGAGUUCACAGAGACUGGACCGGGCGGUUGGACGCUCUUUGGCGCAUGCGGUUCGACACUAGUUGCGCAGUCCAGCAGUGGAGGUACAUCGACUUGGACGAAGCCAGAUGAUCAUAUUGCAGUACCCGAACCAGAAGAGCGAGAUGAAGAGAAGGAAGGACCACCAGAGAAGAAAGUCAAAUUGUCGCAGCCGCCAAAACAGCAAAAGGUGAACUUUUCGAACCUAGUUGUCUCAAGCGAUGGGCGAUACAUCAUUGGGGUUACUGGCGAGGACAAGUGCAUUCGUGUAUUCGAAACCGACAUCCAGAACCAGCUACGGCAGCUCAGCGAGAGGCACAUGACGAGGCGGCCCUGCUCAAUCACUCUGACCUCGGAUGACUCGACAAUCCUGUGCGCGGAUAAGUUUGGGGAUGUCUACUCUCUACCACUGCUCCCCUCCCCGGACUACCGGGCACCUGAAGCCCCGGAGGAGCCAACUCAAGAGACUGAAUGGGUACCUUCCGCGACUGUGCUCACUGUUCACUCUGGCAGGAAUCGCAAGACCUUGGAAGACCAGCUGAAGACGAAGAAGAAGGGACCAGCGCCACCGAAGGAUGAGAUGAAGUUCGAGCAUCAGCUCCUUCUGGGUCAUGUCUCGAUGCUUACAGAUAUCGUGACCACGAGGACAGAGCAUAACCGCAGCUACAUCAUCACAGCAGACCGAGACGAGCACAUUCGUGUCUCUCGCGGACUCCCGCAGGCCCACAUCAUCGAGGGCUUCUGCUUUGGCCAUGGGGCGUUCAUCAAUAGACUCUGUCUUACGCGAACUGGGAGGCUCGUGUCUGGUGGCGGAGAUGCACACUUGUACGUCUGGGACUGGCAGAACUUCAAGCUUCUUGAAAAGCUGCCCAUCCUUGACGCUGUUGUGGAGCAUCUUAAGUGUCGCCCCAAGGUCGCAGUGGAAGCGAUCACCAAGGUCGCAGUAUCUGGUAUCUGGAGUGUGCCAAAUCAAGAGGAGAUUCUUGUAGCCUGCGAGGGUGUCCCGGCUCUAUUCUCCUUCAAGGUUGACGCGAUGACAAAUACGAGCAGUGCAGCAACAGAGUACAGCUGCGCAAUUGCGCUGAAGGGUAACGCGCUCGACGUCACUUUCUUGCCUAUUUCUCCAACAUCGUCUGCGGCCGUUGUCUCUAUCGACAAUGUGCACAAGCCAGCAUCCACCAAGGAAGUGCGCGAGGACGAGGAAAUACAUCGUCUGCAGUGCUUCUCGUCGCUAGAGAACGGCAAAUGGCAGGAGGAUUCACACACAUCAGAAGUGCUGAAGUCAUUCCACGAACAAGUCUUCGACGUUGAGGCUGGCGCAAGCGGCGGUGACGACUCGACGACCGGUAACGGAAAGGGUGGUCUGGGAGCGGCAGAUGAUAAAGCACUGCGAGACAUGCUCUACAGUGUGGAGAACCUCAGGAAGCGUCCAGGCGCUGAGGAGUAGACAGUCGACUAGUGCGAAGCCGCUACGAGUAGUGACAAAGCUGCGUGGCGCAGGAGAACCUCGGCCUGUCUGCCUGUGCUGCAAGUAAUCAGAUCCGAGGAGCAUCCGGCACGGCAGGGGCACGAUUGGGCAUCUGAUGUAAAGUUCAGCCUCCAGGCCAGUAAAACAUCAUAAAUGAAGACAUCGAAGAAAGACAACAGUGUA